AGAGCGUGUCUCUUUCAUUCAUUCAUCUUAUGCUUUUUACGUCCCAUCACCAGAGCCUUCCCUUUUCAAUUUUCCCCUUCUCUACUUCCUCUUCUUCUUCGUCCUCUCUUCCUUAAACCUAAACCUAAAACAAAAACCCCUCCCUUCUUAUAUAUCUUCAACAUUCAACUGCCAACUGCCAACUAGCUCCACCGAAAAAUUCGUUGAUCUCAUCAUGGAAUCAGCAUCAGGAGGUUCCGGCCCCGGUGCAUCCGAUCCUAACAGCACGGAGGAUCCGUCGGGGAGUACCACCACCGCUGCCCCUCAAGCCGAGGGCUCAUCAUCGCCCGCGCCACCGAGUCGCUACGAGUCGCAGAAGCGACGGGACUGGAACACCUUCUUGCAGUACCUGAGGAACCACAAGCCGCCAUUGACGUUGGCGCGCUGUAGUGGAGCUCAUGUGAUCGAGUUCUUGAAGUACUUAGACCAAUUCGGAAAGACCAAGGUCCACAUAGCUGGGUGCCCCUAUUUUGGCCACCCGAACCCCCCAGCACCUUGCGCGUGCCCGCUGAAGCAGGCGUGGGGGAGCCUCGACGCCCUGAUCGGACGACUGAGAGCGGCCUACGAGGAGAACGGUGGACGGCCGGAGUCGAACCCGUUCGGGGCGAAAGCCGUGAGAAUUUACCUGAGAGAAGUCAGGGAAGGGCAAGCCAAGGCCAGAGGGAUUCCUUAUGAGAAGAAGAAGCGAAAAAGGCCUACGGUUACCGCAACUAAGGUGGAUGUCAACACGUCCGCAGGGAAUACUGGCAGUGGCGGCGACGGCGAGAGUAAAGAUGGCACUGCUGCUAGUGCCGCAAGCGGUGGUGCUGACGGUGUUGACGCCACUGUUAGCGGAGGUGGAUGUGUUGCUGCUGCCUCAGGAACAGGUACAGGUGGCUUCUCUUUACAAUUCGGGUCGAAGCAUUUUGUUGGCAUUAUAUCGUUGGCUUGGGCAUUAAGAUUUUGGCUUUAUUUUGUUGGUGUUUUUGGGAUUUUAACUCUUUCAUCACCUUCUUGUUUUGUUCCUUCCUUACCUUGCCUUUUUCUCUGUUCUAAGAUACCUAUAAUUGACAUUUCUUUCUGUGAUAAUAACACCCCUAGAAAAAAAUAGAGUCUACAAAGCAUCAA